UCCCAAUAGCGGCCCCAGAGGAAAGCUGGGUUGUGUUCCCACUAUGCACGUUAUAUAUAUAAAAAUAACCAAUGCUGGCACCUGUGGCAGAGGGGAAAGGGCCUGUAAACACCAUAGGAUCUAAAGGUUGCAGAGUUUGAAGCUAAGUGUUAGAUACUGAUGUGCUGUAUGACUAAACGUUAGUUCGGUGCACAGACUGGCGCGGGCGCAUAUAAAAAUCCUCUAUCGGCUUUUGGGUGACUGCCAUGGAGGUGGGCUAAGUCCCCAACAUAAACCAUACACGUGACCUGGAUACAGCUGUUUUAAUAAUGAUCCAUUUUACCUUGAAACUCAGAGUCAUAAAUGACUUGCCCAAGUUCACCGUGUCAAUCUGGGUGGUUAAAUACUGGGGGUCUGAAUCCCCACCCCUUCGGGUAUAGCCGCUACAUCGAUUCUCUUCCCAGAGCUGGGAAUAGCACGGGCAUCCUGGCUCCCAGUCACCUUUAAUCUAAUAUUUCAGUGUUCGUGCAGGUCCAAUCUGUAUGGGCACAGACAGUGCCAUUGUGCAUUGGCAGAAGUAAAAACCCAGUGGAGGAUGUGCCUUGUCAAACAGGGCAGCUGUGCAGUGAAGUUGGAUGCCCCAUCCCCGUAAUUCCCUGAGAACUGAAAGCCUAUCUGCUUUGGCCAUCCCGGCUUGAACAUUUGCUUUGCUUCCUAGGUUUGCUGUGGGAAGUGGCAGAUUCCUUUCCACCAGUGGGUAUUUAAUUUGGAGUCGAGACUUCUGCUGCUGACUCCAUCGAAAUGGCCGUGUGCGAGGACACCCUGCUGUGCAAUUACCGCAAGUGUCGUGUCAAGCUCUCUGGCUACGCUUGGGUCACAGCUUGCUCGCACAUCUUUUGUGACCAGCACGGUAGUGGGGAGUUCAGUCGUUCACCAGCAGUCUGUCCUGCCUGCAACAGCACCCUUUCUGGCAAGCUAGACAUUGUCCGCACUGAGCUGAGUCCCUCUGAGGAAUACAAGGCCAUGGUGUUGGCCGGCCUGCGGCCAGAGAUUGUCUUGGACAUCAGUUCUCGUGCGUUGACCUUCUGGACAUACCAGGUUCACCAGGAGCGCCUGUAUCAGGAAUAUACCUACAGUAAGGUUGAGGGCCACCUGAAGCAGAUGGAGAAGGUGUAUACCCAGCAGCUGCAGAGCAAGGAUGUGGAGCUGACCUCCAUGAAGAGUGAGGUCUCCUCCCUGAAGAAGGUAUUAGAAGAGUACAAGAAGAAAUUCAGUGACCUCUCUGAGAAGCUCAUGGAGCGCAACCGCCAGUACCAGAAGCUCCAAGGCCUUUAUGACAGCCUCCGUCUGCGCAACAUUGCGGUGGCUAAUCAGGAGGCUGCCUAUGAGCCACUCAUGAUGCCUCAGCCUGCCAUCUUUGGCUUCCCAUUGAAUAAGGGUAAUGCAGGCAGGCUCCCUGGGGAAAUCACACCAGUCCGGGGCAGGUGCGGUGAAGGAGACUUCCACUUCAAGCCCUUCUUUGCCACGUCCCCUCCUGCAGGCGAACCUGGCAACAGCUUCUUCGCUUUUGCUUCUCCUACCAAUGAGCUGGAGUCACAUCCUGGAGCCAGCCGGGCCUUCAAGAUGAAGCGGAUGUAACUGGCAAUGUUCUGCCUCUGAGAAAAUUAGCUCAUCCAGUGCUGGGGAAAGCAGAAAUGCUCAUUGUCUAGGGCUGGCAUAUUUAUUUUAGGAAUUGCAAUGCCCUGCCACACUGCAUGUUGUCGGCAAAUUGUCACUCAGGCUGUAAUGCCAUGUCUCGACUGAUUAAUAUCUUCUGCUGGUAAACAUCUCUCCCUCAUCGGUGUCCCCCUCAGCUUGUAAAAUUGAUUCGCUUUCAGGCUGUAGGAGGUCAUUCAAUUAUUCACACAAUUAAUCACACACUGAUUAUUUUUGGCCAGCUGCAUGCAUAUCUGAGAGAGAGAAUGUACUUGUGUGUUUGUCUAAAUGCGGGUGCAGAUAUGUGAGGUUGUAUGUAUUAGGGUGUGGAUGGGGGAGAGGGAAUGUAAAUCUGUGCCUGAGUUUGCUUGUGCAGGUGUGUAAGUCUACACAGGUGUGUGUUAUCUGCAUAUAGGAAAUCAAUGUGUGUUUCAACCCGUCUGCACUUUGGCUUGUCACAUAAAUAUACACAAUAUUGAAUCUGUGGCUGUGUGCUAUAUGGUUAUUUGCAAGUGAGGAUAUUUAUUAUCUCAAGGUGUGGGCAUGCACAUUAUGAUAUGCAAUGGGUGUACUUUUAAGUAAGCAUGUUUCAUAUAUAGUUGCACAUAAAAAGUGUGUAUUUCCUGAUGUGGGCUUGUGUGUACAUGUAGGUGCAUGUUUGCUUUAUAUCUUUGCUUGUCUCCAAACCUGUGUGUGGGUUUCUCAGUGUGUUAUCCAGUGUAUGCAGAUCUACUCUUCCAGGUACACCCCAUCCUGUCUUUGCAGUACUUAUGCUAGUUAAUUUUCCCCCAAUUAAAGUUCAGCUGUGCACUAAUUUCA